AUGGAUGUCGCCGCGGCUGUCAACCAACGACGCUCCCAGCAAGCCUGCGACGCCUGCCGCCGCCGCAAGGUCCGCUGCAACGGCCAGGCCCGCUGCCAGCAGUGCUCGCAUCUGAACCUCAAGUGCAUCUACACUUCGCCCAACCGCGGUUCCUCCAGGAAACAUGCCCAAGGCAGAGGCGCCGUCAUCCAGUCCUACAGGAAGAGCACGAGCAAAUCCCAUUCUCCCAACACCCCGCUCGAAGUCGCCCCCGCGCCGACUCCCGCCCCCACCAGCGCCCUCAGUCCCACCUCAGCCACCACGCUUGCCAUCUCCCGCCCCUCUGCCACCGGACAUCCGGACCCUUCCUUCUUCCUGGACCUGCUUCCCGAGUACCUCUCGGACGUCUAUCCGGUGAGCCCGGUGGUCACCGAGGCCGACGUCCACGCCUGCGUGCGGCGCAUGCACACCGACCCCGAGGCCAUCUCGUUCCUGUACAUAUUCGCCGCCGUCACCAUCAACCUGGCCCGCGUCGACUUCCUGCAAUGCAUGCCGGGCAUCCGCGAGCAGAUUGCCACCCUCGUCCAGCGCUGCUUCGACCACCGGCCCCGGCUGAACAUGAUGCUCAAGCCCACCCCGCUGCAGGUCAUGACCAGCAUCUUCAUCGAAAUCUGCCUCAUGGGCCUCCAGAAGACGGACCUCGCGCUCCUGCACCUCCGCGAAGCGCAGUCGCUCGUCAAGAUGGUGCACGUCGACGACGCCGACGCCAUGAGCGCCUUCUCGGCCUCGGACCGGGCCAAGUGGCAGCGCGCGUACUGGGAGUGCUUCAUCCACGAGCGCUUCUCGGCGCUGACGGACUGGGAGCCGGUGCUGCUGGACCCGCUGCCGGGCCCGCCCGAGCACGACGCGCACAUGUCGGCGACGAUCCAGCAAGGGUGGAACUGCAUCAUCCAGACCUUCCUCCUCAUCGACCGCCAGUUCGUCGACUUCUGGCGCGGCGACCGCUCGCGCAUCCCCAGCGCCUGGCUCAACGCGAAGCACCGCCAGCUCGACGACGAGCGCUGGCCCCGCCGCGCCGACCUCGCCCUCCUGCCCGCCAUGCAGCAGGCCGACAUCCUCAUCACCCGCCAGUGGCUGCGCACCAUGCUGUGGCAGAUGGCCAUCUCGAGCAUGCUGCUGACCAUCGACGUGCCGGCGCCCACCACCGAGCCACCAUCCUCCGCCGGCCCACCCCCUACCGCCGCCGCCGCCGCCGCCGCCGCCGCCAUCGAUGACGACGAGGAGGACGAGGGGGGAUCGACGCACCUCUCGCUCACGAUGCCGCUGCGGCUCUCGAGCGAGCUGCGGCUGUGCAUCACGCACCUGUCGCCGCAGGCGGUCGGCAUCCACGGCAGCGGCAUCCUGCACAAGCUGUUCGAGAUCACAAACUCGAUCCUCGACGUCGUCAUCAACCUGCCGCAGGCCCCGACCGAGGACACGCUGCAGCGCGUCGACGACAUCCUGUUCCUCAAGAAGUUUCUGUUUUCCUUCCCGCGCAUCGACCCCAAGCACAAGCGCAUCCUCAACCAGAAGUUCGAGCGCAUCAGGGAGCUGUAUCCGGGGAUGGAGGAGAUUCAGAUGUUGGUGGCUUCGCCGCUGAGUACGGUGACGUCGUGGGGGGAGUAG